UUUCCUCAACAGAAUUUUGUAAAACAACAGCAUGUACAAUUCCAAUAUGAUUCCACUUAAAGUACAUCUUAUUUGAUAUAUGAGUAUUAGCCAGAUCAAGCCCUAUUCAACCUUCAUCCUGUUAAGACCUACUUCUUUGUCUGUAUAUGCCAGCUCUUGUAAUCCCCUUAGACACACCACCUACAGACUGCCUGUUAUGUAAAGCCAAGAAGGAGAUGUUAUAAGGGCUGAGCAGGCUGUCCUGCAUCAGACAGCUGAGCACAGGUUGAAGUGUCCAAGCACACACCCGGACAGACCCGCUGUCAGUGGGCUUCCCGUCCUGGGAGUCCAGGCAGAGGAGCUUGAGAAAGAGAAAGCCAAGUGUCAUCUGCCCUUUAACUCUUUCCUUGUUUAACAGAAAGACCAUCGCAGCUCCAAAAUGUUUUUCAGAGUACCAAGACUGACUCCGGGCUACAUCAGACUGCUGCAGACCCAGGCCUACCAUAAUGUGCCUGUGACGGCUCCAGUGGAGAGGAGCAUGCCGGGCAUGGCUGUGCUCCUGGGAGCCGUGGGGAUCGGGAUGUGUGGUUACAGCUCCCGGCAGUUGGCCCUCUACCACCGGCCCUCCACCCGUGUCCUUCAGUGGGUUGGCACGCACACUGAUGCCAGCAUGGUGGGCUCAGCAGCCCAUAGGACCCCCUUCCUGGAUGUUCAUCGCCGGGCUGGUGCCUGCCAGGAGAUCCCACCUCCCUCCUUUGUAGGCCAGAAAGUUGCCAUGAAGUAAUAACAUGUAAUGCUAGGGUGGGUGUAGAUCGGCCAACAUGAUAGGUUGAGCUCCAGAUAACUCCACUUAUGCAUGAUUAAGAUUGUAGCUAUGCUGGCCCCGAGUGCGGCCCAUGUGCUCUCUGAAGAUGUGCAAGUGUGGAUAUUUGACUGACCUCAACCUUUAUGUUUGCAGGAAAUUGGAUGUCUUGUAGUAAAAAUGGAUUCUGUAACUAGUGCAACACAUAUAAAGAAUUUAACAGCUACUGGAUUGUGUGAAUUAGUCACUGAUACUAGAGACGUUAAUGCACUGAGAGGGCACGAAGCAAUAUGAAUGAUUGAAUGAGCAUGUAAUGAGGCUGGAACUUCCCAAAUACUGUUGCUGAAUGUAGCUUAAAGGAGCUAACAUGUUUAAUUUGGAGAUAUUGUGUGUCGUUUUGAGGCCUGGUGUAAAAAGGGACUGACGCUUGGCAGUGCCCCUCUGCACACAGAUGGUUGGCAACUCUCUCUCCGUGCCCCCAGCCCCCCUCCCCUUCCCUCCCUAGGCAGACAGCCACGUGUAAGUGCUUGAGCACCCCAUCCCUGCCCAUGACUUCAAUUGAUUUCCUCUGAGGAGGAGCAGGUGCCAUCCAUCAACCAGCCUUGGCGUUUGCUGGCGCGCUCUGGCGCCAGCUGUCAAUCAAGAGAUGGUGGAGGAAGACACAGGUUGGCUUUGUGGCGGAAUCAGUGACUGGUGCCUCCUGUGUUCGGGAAAGUUAAAUUCCCCAAGGGUUUGGUAGGGGUGGGUAGAGAAUAGCAAAGUGGCAGGGUAUUUUUGUAGAUCGACUACACUUCUUUUAAUAGCAGAAAGUUCCGUGCACUUGAUAUCAAAGCCUGAGUCAUGCAAACAAGGCUUGCACAAAUACACCUUGCCUGAUCAUGAGACCUAAUUUACCUGGCUGAGACUCAGCGGGUGGCAGGCGGGCAAGGUAGCAUAGUAAUUCCUCCUGGAUAAAUCUGUGUCCUCUGCAGGGAUUAACCCAGGUGGAAAAUCAUUCCUGGCACACUUACUCCUUUCCCUAAUCUGGUAUUAGAGACAGGGACCUGUGAGAAGCAGGCGAGCCGUGUGCAUCCCAACUUUGCACCAUUCCCCCUGCAGUGUCCACCGUUCGUCCCACUGCCAUGGAUUCACACAUUAUGGCGUUGCCUUUUGUGUUUAUCAAAAAUGUAGCAGUGAAAAAGGACUUGAGAUUUGGCGAGACACUGAGUGUGGUUGAGAUUGCGUGCUGUGCCUUAUGGAUAGCACAGGGUCGCCCAAUGAAUAUUUGAGUUCUGUGUUUUACAUAUUAUGGUGUCACGGUACCAAGCCAUAAAAGAGAGAGUUUUAUUCCUCCGCCAGCAGGCAGACAGGAGGGGGAGGAGGCGGAGGAGGA